AUGAGCCCCGCGACCGAGGACGGCGGGGACCCCCCGGAGACGCUCCGCCAAGCCAUUAAGGCCUCCAUGCGCCUCCGUGAAGCCAUCCGAGCGACCGACGAAGAUGCGCUCAAGCUCGAGCAUGCGACCGCGCUGGGCUUGAAGCACUGGGUCGUUGACGAAGACAUGCUUAUAGACUCGACGACACUGCUCCAGCGCCUUCCCGCGCCCGAGAAGAUGCUGACGCAGACGAGCUGCGAGGUGUCAGCCAUGGACGAUACGCCUACGGACGACCAGGCCGUUGCCCGUGCAAGCGGUGGCGCUGUGGUUUUUGGCCACUGCAUUGGGUUCCAUGGCUCGUCCAAGAGCGUUAAGACGGCCAUCUUGCAGACCCCGAUUGAGUGGGAGCUCGAAACACCCACGAUGAGCACGGACGUGGCGGAAGCGUGGUUUGCCAGCGCCAGUGAUGCCAAUGACUUUCAGGUCGCGGUCCACUCGAGCGGUCACGCACGCCCGCUACGUGACGGCAGUCAUCUGCCUCCGCGCGGAUCCUCCGGCGUGACUUACUGCCGCGAGUGGACGACGGCCAAGGACUUUCUGUUCGACUAUAGCUUGCAUGUGCACAGUGGCACCUCCCACGUCGGCGGCAGCUUCUGGAAGACGACGAUGUGUCCAGCCGACCAGGCACCGAAAGACCUCUCGAUGAACUACAGCAGCUUUCCGUACCAAAGCCGCGUCGACGCAUGCGAGAGCACGCUGCAGGACGAGCUCCGAACGCGGUGCAACACUACGACGCAGAUCGAGUGCACGGGGCCUGAUGCGCUGAGCGUUGCGAUCUUCAAGCAGCGACUCGCCCUCGACUGCGCGACAUGGCACGUCAUUGACUACCCGACAACGCACAUCGGCGUCUGGGACCUUCUUGCGGCGGCUGGUUAUGAGCAAGCUGCCAACCUCGUGCGUGAUGCGGGGCUCGACCUCGUCGCGGGAUGUGAAAUGAUACCGGACGUCGAGGCGGCUGUGCACGCUGUGUACACCGAGGCAUGGGUGACCAACCCGACUUUCGGCACGCACAUGAAGUGCACAAAUGUCGGCUGCGCGGACGACGCUGACGAGACAAUUGCCCAGCUGCUUGACGCCGCGACCGCUGGCAAAAUUGACGACAGAGCGCUCGUCGACAUCACUUCGCUCGCACUUCGCUACGGCCCUCUGUUCGAGGAAACGUCCAUGGCCAACUACAUGCGGGACCGGCAUCUGCACACGAGCAACAUGGUUGCCGAGACGCAAAUGCCAAUCUUCAACAGCUUUGCGGUCAAGCACCUGCUUGAUGGCUUCCCGUUGGAGCUCAUGAAUGGCGAUGCCGGCAUGGUCAACGACAAGUAG